UCACAUUUUCCUGGGCGACGGCAUGAACGACGCCUCACUCCCCCGCACCGUAGGCACCUCCACAGCCCUGCUGCGCCAAGUGCCAGCCGCAGACGACCCCGACCCACCAUACGCACUCCCGCCGUCCUGCUGGAUGCGGUUGUCCUCCCGCAUUCUGUGUGUGGGUCGUUUGGCGGCCUCAUCCUCUCGGCGUUGGAGCCGCCGUGAGAGGAGAGUGAAAAGGGAGGGGAUGAACCGCCUGGGGAGGGGGAAGUGGAUGAAGGCCAGGAGAUCGAUUUGGCAGAAGAACCACGCUAUGAUGGGCACCUGAGACACACCAAGUGAUGUGUGUGUCGGCUGUUGCCGUGUUGGUGUGUGUGUGUGUGUUACGAAUGUGCGUGUGAGGCUGCAUGCGCUCCAGACGCGGUACUCCUCAGCCCGUGUAAGCAGCAACCUGACACAUUCAUGAUGAUGCAAUAUCCAUUCGCCCGUCCCUCUGUGCACGCACUUUUUGUUGGUAGGGUCGUUGAGCAGGAGGUUGUCCAGAGGCGUGGCCAGCACCGACACCAACACCUCACACGCAUUCGCUGCACACAUCCAUCCAUCCAUCCAUCCAUCCAGACACGUAUGUCGUUCGCGUCUCACCUGCGAUGAGAAUCAUGACUUUGAACAUCCUGGGGUCCAGGAAGGCGUUCGGGACGGUCACAGCCGACUGCUCCGCCAGAUAGCCGCCCACUGCACACACCACAUGCAAAUAUGCACAACGGACGCUUCACAUGCAGUGCCGGUGCGUUUCUCACCUUGCCGAUGGAUGCGAAUGGCCCUCACGCACGCGCCAGUCUGCAUUGGCCCAUCGCACCCACAGAUGCGCGUUCACGUCCAUCUGCAGAAUGGCUGUUGCUCACUUGCUGACCAGGCAUAUGUUUGCGAGUAGGAAGAUGGCUCUACUGAGGUAGGGCUCGAAGAACCGGCACCUCUCGCGGUACUCCCACCCCGUCGGGGAGAGACACCACAGCCACAACGCACAGAUGCCCAGACCUACAUGGACGACACAAAGCACACACAAGGAGACACGAGAGUAGCACCAUGGCUCGCUGCCCCUAGCUUCCGUAUGGCGCUUUCGCGUACCCAUGAGUAUGCCCUGGAAGCCCGUGAUGACGGCAUCAGCCGCCGCCUCAAUCCGCUCAAACAGCGCGCAAUAUUCGAGUACUGAACACUCCUCAGCGUCAUCUGCAGGGGCAAAUAUGUGCACACAUCACCAUCCCAUCUCCCAUCUCCCGCACCUUCCUUGAGCUGCUGCAUUUGUGGGUUGCACAGGGCAGCCUUGAUGGACGACAACGAGUAGAAUAAAGGGUGCCGCGCAAUGAAACGAGUGAUGGGCGAGGUGUCCUCGGCUGGACGGUCGCCCACAUCUGCCCCUGCCUGCAGAACGGCCUGCAUGCAGCAGAAGAGCAAGCAACAUUGCGAUUCCAUUCCCACAAGUCAUUAUGUAGUGCCCACAUCUAGUUUGCUGGGUGGUAUCCUCUUGAGUGUGCGGCCAUCGAGCGUCUGCACAAACACAUCCUGAGGAGGGGCCAACUCUAACAGACGAUACGAGAGAGAAGAAGAGAACGUAGGGGCCCGAAUGAGUGCAUGUGCGAGUUUCCUCACUCCCACCUAUAUCUUGGUAGUCGAGUCCGCCAGCGUAUGUCUUCUUUGGGGAGGACGGGAGGGACAGGGCAAACGACGACGGCAUCACUCCCAUCUGCUGAUAUCUCUCAGCCUGACAAGACACGCAGACACGGCAACAAAGCGCAUCAUGCGAUGAAUGCAUCCAUUCCCCUCCUCUCCCAUCUCUCACAUGUGAGGCCGGCAGCAGCGCCAGGUCUUCUGGGCUGACAACCAGCGCCCUGUACCCCUCCACCCUCCCUCCCCGCAUCAUAACACUGCCCCUGUACGCCAUCCCUGGCGGAGAUGAGGGCGCCACAGGCGGCAGAGCGGCUGGGGCUGCGGAUGGGGGGCCAACCGGACCUAUAAAUCAAAUGAUUCGGGUACUUCAUCCAUGGAUGGAUUCACCAUGAUCUGUCGUCAUUCGUUCGUUCUCACCAGUCGGAUGUCCGUAAUACAU